CAGAAUUGCCAAACAGUACUCUGUUGUACGAAGUACUAUUUCACUAUUUUUACAACAAAAUAUCAUUAUUUACUCAAAAUUUAUAUAUUAAAAUCAUUUAAUAUUAUUUAUUUAACGUAUUUAAGUUAUAAAUAAUGAGUUCAUAUCCAUGGAACGUUUGUAGGACGUGUUUAAGUGUACAGAAUAUAUACCCCAUAUUUAACAUGAGAGAACAUCAUGAGAAAUAUACAGAUGUUAUAUUGACCACUACAGGAGUCAAGGUGGAAUUAAAUGACAACCUUCCACAACAAAUGUGUUUAUUCUGCAUCACAUUUAUCAACGACUCGGUGAAAUUUAGAAAAAAAUGCGAAGACUCAAACAUGGAACUCUUAAGCAGGCUUAUUGAUAAACAGACCGAGGCAAUCAAAGUGGAAACCUCACCUGAAUUCAAAACUGAAAAUGACAAGUCUGUAACAAUAGACAUAACUCAUCUGUUACCAGACUUGGACGAAGAUUUCAAAGAUUAUGAUGACAAUAUCACUUUAGACUCCUUGCAAUGUAACAAUUCAGUUGAGAAAACUUGCAUUGCUGUAGAAUUUGACGGUCAAGACAAGAACUCAACGGAGAAACCAGUAUUAUUAGAAGAAAAUAACGAACAAACAGAAGUUGAGAAACCGAAAAGGAAAUUAAGAAGCAGUAAAAAGGAGAAUGUAGGUGUGAAGAAGAAGGCAAAGGCGAAAGAAGAGAAAGUAAGAGAGGAAGUGGAGUGCGAAUAUUGUCACAAGAUAUUGACGUCACGACUGUCUUUACGCAACCAUUAUAAAAUACAUACUGGCUUCGACGUAGUUUGUGAGCAUUGUGGUAAGAAGUUUAUCACGCGGAGGUUGUUACUGAUGCACUGCAGAGCCAAGCAUGGAUACGAGAAGACGGACAAGUGUUCCUACUGCGACUACAGAGCCUCCAACGCUGAACAAGUCAAGAUCCAUGAGCGGCUUCAUACAGGGGAAAAGCCGUAUGUGUGCGCGGAGUGCGGCGCUGGCUUCCACCGAAAGAGCAGCUACCUGCAACAUGUGGCAAUACACCUGCCUGAGAAGACUGUUCAGUGCGAGCAGUGCCCAGCGCGGUUCAAGUCGGCGACGUUGAUGCGCAUCCACUCGCACCGGCACCGCGCGCCUGCGUACAGCUUCCACUGCCGGCUGUGCGGCAACAUGUUCGCGCGGCGCCGCAACGUGGCGCGGCACCUGCAGCGGGUGCACGCCGCGCCGCCCGACCCGCACAUCGACCGCCGCAGGAUCGCACACAAUAUAAACUGAUUCCAUACACUAUCCCAGCGUUUCA